AACAUCGUUCUCUUCCACUGGGAACAUGACCUAUGUUACUGCGCAGUCAUAACCUUUAGGAGAUAAGGCUGUUUACUCAGAGUGUGUGUGUGUGUUUGGGUACGCGUCCCUCAGUCUCUCUGAAAGUGUAUAAAGGUGACAGUGCUCUCUGCUCUUCAUGCAUUUCAGUGAACUGUCUAUCAGGAAAAAGGAGGUAUAAACAGAACGCUACAAUGAAGGCCUGGUUUCUGCUGCUGCUGCUGCUGCCAGUCUGCUUCGCGGACUUCAAAAUCCAGUGCUAUGGGGAGGAUUACCUGAUGGUGAGGCACCAGGUUCUGCAGUGCACAAGUAAAGUGCCUCAGGCGUGUUAUACCAGAUCAUCUGGAGAAAAGGGCUGUGCUAGACUGGAAUUCUGUCAAAGGCCAGAUUGGAAAUGCUGCAGGACAAAUCUCUGCAACGCAUAAUUUCAACAACAGAGGGAGCUAGAGACUGAAAUUGGAAAUCACGUGUAUUUAAAACAAACAAAAAAAAAAACUGGGAGAAGAAAACUUUUCUUACUUUAAUUGCCAUCACUUUUGUUUCUUUCUUUUUUUUUUUACUAUUAAAACAUACUGUAUCAUAAUAAAAAAAAAUAUUAAUCAUUCCCAUA